GUUAUCCAUGCAGGGGAGAAGCCACAUCAGUGCUCUGAGUGUGGGAAGAGCUUCAGUUAUUCCUCCCACCUGGUCCAGCACCAGCGCAUGCACACGGAGGAGAAGCCAUAUCAGUGCUCUGAGUGUGGCAAGAGCUUCAGUUAUUCUUCCUCCCUGACCAAGCACAAGCUCAUUCACACGGGAGAGAAGCCAUAUCAGUGCUCUGAGUGUGGGAAGAGCUUUACUUUCUCCUCCAGCCUGGCCCAGCACCGGCACAUCCACACAAGGGAGAAGCCACAUCAGUGCUCUGAGUGUGGGAAGAGCUUCACCCUUUCCUCCCUAAUGGUCCGGCACCAGCGCAUCCACACAGGGGAGAAGCCAUAUCAGUGCCCUCAGUGUGGGAAGAGCUUUACCGAAGCCUCCCUAAUGGUCCGGCACCAGCGCAUCCACACAGGGGAGAAGCCAUAUCAGUGCCCUGAGUGCGGGAAGAGCUUCGCCCACUCCUCUAGCCUGAUUCAACACCAGCGCAUCCACACAAGGGAGAAGCCAUAUCAGUGCCCUGAGUGUGGGAAGAGCUUCACCCUUUCCUCCCACCUGGCCCAGCACCAGCGCAUCCACACAGGGGAGAAGCCAUAUCAGUGCUCUGAGUGUGGGAAAAGCUUCAACCAAGGCUCCUACCUGGGUAAGCACCAGCGCAUCCACACAGGGGAGAAGCCAUAUAAGUGCCCUGACUGCGGGAAGAGCUUUACCCAAGCCUGGAACCUGGACCAGCACCGGCGCAUCCACACAGGGGAGAAGCCAUAUCAGUGUCCUGAGUGUGGGAAGGGCUUUGCCCUUUCCUUUGACCUCGUCCGGCACCAGCGCAUCCACACGGGGGAGAAGCCAUAUCAGUGCCCCGAGUGUGGGAAGGGCUUCGCUCGCUCCUCCCACUUGACCCAACACCAGCGCAUCCACAUGAGGGACAAGUCACAUAGGUGCUCAGACUGUGGGCAAAGCUUCACUUGCUCCUCCCUCCUGGCUAAGCACCAGUGCAUCCACACACAGGAGCAUCCAUAGUUCUGCCAGCACUGCAGGAAGGGUUUGGGGAUGUCUACGUGCUCAGCACCCACCAGUGGAUGCAUUCGGGC